AAGCUUGUCUCCAGUCGUAAACCAGUUCAGAUUCAGAAGCAGAAGCAAUUACAGACAAUGCCUGUGCCUCAGCCUGUCUCCAGGCCACUGAAUAACACCCAAAAGAGUGAGCCGUCCCAGCCACCAGCAUCUGGAAACAAUCCUGGAAAAGAACUGGAAUCAAAACAGAAAAAAGAAGAAUCAAAAAAGAGGCAAUGGGCUUUGGAGGAUUUUGAAAUUGGUCGCCCACUGGGUAAAGGAAAAUUUGGUAAUGUUUAUUUGGCAAGAGAAAGACAAAGCAAAUUUAUCCUGGUCCUUAAAGUAUUAUUUAAAGCUCAGCUAGAGAAAGCAGGAGUUGAGCACCAGGUGAGAAGAGAAAUAGAAAUACAGUCCCACCUUAGACAUCCUAAUAUUCUCAGACUGUAUGGUUAUUUCCACGAUGCCACCAGAGUUUACCUAAUUUUAGAAUAUGCACCUCUUGGAGCAGUCUAUAGAGAACUUCAGAAGCUUUCCAAGUUUGAUGAACAGAGAACUGCUACUUAUAUCACAGAAUUGGCAGAUGCACUGUCUUACUGUCAUUCAAAGGAAGUUAUUCAUAGAGACAUCAAGCCAGAGAACCUGCUCCUCGGGUCAGCUGGAGAGCUUAAGAUUGCAGACUUUGGAUGGUCGGUACAUGCCCCAUCCUCCAGGAGAACUACUCUCUGUGGAACCCUCGGCUACCUGCCUCCUGAGAUGAUUGAAGGCCGGAUGCAUGAUGAGAGGGUGGAUCUCUGGAGCCUUGGAGUUCUUUGCUAUGAAUUUUUAGUCAGGAAACCUCCUUUUGAGGCAAAUACAUACCGAAAGACUUGCAACAGAAAUAUCAAGGUUGAAUUCACAUUCCCUGACUUUGUAACAGAGGGAGCCAGGGACCUCAUUUCCAGACUGUUGAAGCAUAAUCCAAGCCAAAGGCCAACUCUAAAAGAAGUACUUGAGCACCCCUGGAUCACAGCAAAUUCAUCAAAGCCACCAAGUAGCCAAAAAAACAAAGAAUCAACUAGCAAACCAUCUUAAGAAUCUUGCAGGGGAAGAAUUCUUUUAGCCACGGGGGCUGCU